UUAUGGUCUAGUUCACUUUAUGAAACUCACCAUAGGAGACGUGAACGACUCUCUUUAUCUGCUGAAGUACAGGGAUGGAAUCUUCCAUCAGUCGCCUGUCCGAGAAGCAUUUCUUGUGCUCUCUGUGUGAGGAGAUCUUCAGCAACCCAGUGACAACGCCCUGUGGACACAGCUUUUGUAAGAGCUUCAGUGAUAUACCGCGAGCAAUGAGAGACUGGUCUAAAGUUACACUGGAGACUGAUCCUUGUGUUGGCUUCACCGGGCAGGCUGUGGUGGACUUCAUGGAUACAGUCACGAUGGAAGCUAAAAGACUUUCUAAAGCUGAACUAAAGAGACUGCAGAAGUACUCAGUUGAUGUAAAUCUGAAUCCUCGGACAGCUCACACUUACCUCUACAUCUCUGAGGACAGGAAGGAGGUUAGACAUGCGAAUAAACGUCAAGAAGUCCCAGAAAACCCCAAAAGGUUUGACCGUGUGGCAAACGUAAUGUCCAAGGAGGCCUUUAGCUAUGGAAGACACCUUUGGGAAGUGGAGGUUGGAGACAAGACUGACUGGGAUCUGGGAGUAGCCAAACAAUCUGUUAACAGAAAGGGAAAAUUCACAAUAUGUCCAGCCAACGGCUUCUGGAUGCUUAGCUUAAAGAAUGGCACCCAGUUCACUGCCAACACAUUCCCUCCAACUUUCUUCAGCCUCAGUCACAAACCUAAAAGAGUGUCUAUUUACCUGGACUAUGAGGAGGGACGUGUGUCUUUCUAUUGUUUGGAUACCGGGACUCAUAUCUACACUUUCAAAGAUGCUUUCACAGAUAAGCUCCACCCCAUCUUCAGCCCGGGACGACCCCACGGGGAAAAGAACACUGCUCCCCUUAUCAUCAGCAGUAGCUGCUGCAGCAUCUGAAACAAUAUGCUAGCUCUUACAGCUCUUUCACUUUCUUUACCAUUGCCAUUAUAGGAUGCAAUUAAUUGUAUUAUUAUUAUCAUUACAAAAAUUACUUUUUAUUUAUUACUGGUGCUUGCUAAAACCUUGAUUUUUUAUGUGACUAACAUACUAA